AGGAAAAAAGUAGGAAAAAAAAAAAAAGAAUCGAAGAAAAAACUGAAAAGCCCAAACCCAUAUAGAUCUGCUUUGCUUUGCUAGCUUCUCGCCUCCUUCAAACCUUUUCCCUCCUCCUUCCAGAUUUUAUUCUGUUUUUUCAGCUCUUCGGUCGUCACAGGUUGUGAAGCCUCAAAAUCGAAUGGAGGGAGUAGGGGGUGAUAGUGCUGCUGCGGCGGCGGCAGGUCCGGUGAACCAAUGGGUGCACGAUGUGUCGAGGCUUUUUCAGUAUUAUUUGGACAAGAGUACGCCUUACGCGAUGUAUAGAUGGAUUGGAACUGUUGUCUUGUUUGUGAUUUAUGCCGUGCGGGUCUAUUAUGUUCAGGGCUUUUAUAUUGUCUCUUACGGGCUGGGGAUCUAUCUGCUGAAUCUGCUAAUUGGGUUUUUGUCGCCAUUGGUUGAUCCGGAGUUGGAACCUUCAGACGGGCCUUUGCUGCCUACAAAGGGUUCUGACGAGUUUAAGCCGUUCAUUCGUCGACUUCCUGAGUUUAAGUUCUGGUACUCCUUCACAAAGGCUUUCUGCAUAGCAUUUGUCAUGACCUUCUUUUCCAUGUUUGAUGUUCCUGUAUUCUGGCCCAUCCUACUUUGUUACUGGAUUGUCCUCUUUGUCCUCACAAUGAGGCGCCAAAUUGCACACAUGAUCAAGUACAAAUACAUUCCAUUCAACAUUGGGAAACAGAAAUACGAUGGCAAAAGAAUGUCCUCGAGUAGCAGCAACAGCCGUGCGGACUGAACUGAAGCUUGGCAGUUUCUAGAGCACAUAGAAAGUACCCAGUUGGGGGAAAAAGAAAUAUAGGCCCUGAGAAAAUUCAUGACAAUAGAAUUCUUUUAAAAAGGACAUGCAUUUAUGCUAUGGAUUUUCAUGUGCACUCACAAAUUUUUAAGUUUGGUUUAUGUAAGCUUUUAUAUUAUUUAUGUACACGUUAAGAUUCAGUUGCAGAUUUGUGAUAGUUGCCGUCGGUCUGUCUGCACGAUGUAGGAAUAUUUUGGCCCCAUGGUGCGUCACUCUUUGAUUUGAUUAGCAUUCAACAGUUACAAUUGCAGAAUUUUUCUUUUUU